CCAAUUCAUCUGCCAAAUGUCAUCAACAUGCCGUCACGGGACCUACGUUCGCCGAGGAGACUUUCGGCUCCGAGAACCACCAGCAGUAACCCCGAACUCUCCCUGAAUUAUAUGGAAGAGCUUCUAUACGUCUCCACGUCUCCAGACACUACCAAUGACUUGCAACGCACUCGCGCAGCAUCAGAAUCUGUCCGAGUAGCUGAUGAACUGGAAGCAAGCUCUGGAACGUCAUCACUUCCUCACCAUCCCUCUACGCCAAAGAAGCAUGCAUAUGGUCGUCCCUGCCCUGAUGGAGAUUCAGACUGCCACUGGCACCAUCAACAAACCCAGUACUGCCACGUUCCAUGGAACCAAUGCUCUCUGGCUCUAAACGCGAUCAAACAAUCCUAUCGCGCAGGCGGUGAGUGGAUAGGCGCUCCAGAGGGAUGGAACAAGGCACGUGAACCUUGCCUGGUAACUGCGGAAAAGUGUAAGAUACACGCGGAGGUUGACGGCAUGCAUGUGGGGAAGCAGAGAAACAAAAAGUAUCCAGAAAAGCCUAGGGUAAGAGGGAGGGAGAACAGAGGAACUGGCAAUCAGAAAAAGACCUGA